AUGCCGACUCUCCAACACGACCACGACCACGAGCGGUGGCGGCGGCGGAGGGAAGGAGAAGGUGAAGGGCUCUGCGGUCUCCUUCACGGAGGGCGAGGAGGUGCUCGCCUACCACGGCCCGCUCCUCUACGAGGCCAAGCCUGUCGUCUUCCUCCACGGGGGUCCUGGGAUGGCACUUCGCCCGACAACUGUGGGUUCUUCGAUCUGGAGUUCUACAUGAUCGUGUUGUUCGACCAGAAAGGCGCUGGAAGAGCACUCCCCAUGCUUUGUCUAGAGGAGAACACCACCUGGGACUUGGUGGCUGACAUUGAGAAGGUCAAGCAGCAAAUCGACAUUCCAGAGUGACAGGCAACUGCAAAUACAUCUUCUUUUGUCAACUGCAACAUAUACCCUGCUGUAAAGAAACCACUUGAAGAAAAUAUUUAAGAGAGC